AUGGGACCCAUUUCAAUCGUCCUCUUCUGUAUCCAAGCUUUCAUGCUUCAGCAUGCGCUUGGUCAGUGCUUAGAGCCAGGUCUCGGCCUGGGUUAUGCACCAGGUGUGGCGGCGGAAUACGGUCCGGCUUAUGGGCCCGGUCUUGACCUCGGGUACGGAGCAGGUCUUGCACCAGCUCUGGGGUAUAACUAUGGUUUCGGUGCUUCACCUUACGCUCCAAGCUACGGUGGGGCUGGCGUCGGGGACGUUACCGUAGCUGGUGAGAUGCCAGUAGCUGGUAGCACCUUAGUAGCUGGCCAAGUGCCUAUACUAGGAGCAGUAAAGUUCGGUGGCGACGUGCCAGCGGGAGGCAUCGUCACCAUUUCCGGCAGAUGCGGCUGCGGAUGCAAUGCACCAUACAUGUAC